AUGGCGACCGAAACCAUGACCAUGCCGCCUAAGUCGCAGCACAAGCUGCACAAAAAGGCCAAGCUGCCCCCAGAGAACGAGCGAUACAUGCGGGCUUGCUCAGACAUCGCAAAUGCUCUCAUCCAGGAAUAUGAGGCCCAGCGCGAUCCUACGAAACCGAAGAAAGAUAUCAAUCUGAACAAACUGCGGGGUCAAGUGUCCAAGAAGCACUGUCUGAGCACCCAACCGCCUCUGACGGCCAUCAUCGCCGCUGUGCCUGAGCAUUAUAAGAAGUAUAUUUUGCCCAAGUUGAUUGCGAAGCCUAUUCGGACAUCAUCCGGCAUCGCCGUCGUCGCGGUUAUGUGUAAACCGCACCGUUGCCCACACAUCGCUUACACUGGGAACAUCUGUGUCUAUUGUCCUGGUGGUCCCGACUCCGAUUUCGAAUAUUCGACGCAGUCUUACACGGGCUAUGAGCCGACGUCGAUGCGCGCAAUCCGCGCUCGCUACGAUCCCUUUGAGCAGGCUCGGGGUCGUGUUGACCAGAUCCGGUCGCUCGGACACAGCGUGGAUAAGGUCGAAUACAUUAUCAUGGGCGGCACGUUCAUGUCUCUUCCAGAGGAUUAUAGAGAAUCCUUCAUAGCGCAGCUGCACAACGCCUUGAGCGGGUAUCAAACGGACAAUGUCGACGAAGCUGUGCAAGCCGGAGAAAUGAGCAACAUCAAAUGUGUGGGAAUCACAAUCGAAACACGGCCAGACUACUGUCUGGAUACGCACCUGAGUGCCAUGCUCCGCUAUGGCUGCACGAGGUUAGAGAUCGGGGUGCAGAGUCUAUACGAGGAUGUCGCACGAGAUACGAACCGAGGUCACACUGUCGCUGCCGUCGCAGAAACAUUCAAGCUUGCGAAAGAUGCGGGGUUUAAGGUCGUCAGCCAUAUGAUGCCUGACCUUCCUAACGUGGGCAUGGAACGGGAUCUCGAGCAGUUCCGCGAGUACUUCGAGAACCCCGCCUUCCGGACGGAUGGUCUCAAGAUCUAUCCCACGCUGGUCAUUCGCGGCACAGGUCUCUACGAGCUGUGGCGAACGGGACGUUACAAGAACUACACGCCCAAUGCAUUGAUCGACCUUGUGGCUCGGAUUCUAGCCCUCGUUCCCCCGUGGACCCGUAUCUAUCGUGUCCAGCGCGACAUUCCCAUGCCUUUGGUUACCUCUGGUGUCGAAAACGGCAAUCUCCGUGAACUGGCUCUGAGCAGAAUGAAGGACUUUGGCACGACAUGCCGCGAUGUGCGAACAAGGGAGGUGGGGAUCAACGAGGUCAAGAAUAAGAUUCGGCCAGGUCAGAUUGAGCUUGUCCGGCGCGACUAUAUGGCCAACGGCGGCUGGGAGACCUUCCUAGCCUACGAAGAUCCGAAACAAGACAUUUUGAUCGGCCUGCUGCGCCUGCGGAAGUGUAGUCCCACCCAUACAUUCCGUCCUGAACUCACCGGCCAGCAGACCAGUAUUGUCCGGGAACUCCAUGUGUAUGGUCUUGCAGUGCCAUUGCACGGCCGAGAUGAGCGCAAGUUCCAGCAUCGCGGCUUUGGAACGCUUCUGAUGGAGGAAGCUGAGCGAAUUGCGAGGGAGGAACACGGCAGCCGAAAGAUCAGUGUCAUUUCGGGUGUUGGUGUUCGCAGCUAUUAUGCCCGUCUUGGUUACCACCUUGAUGGACCGUACAUGUCCAAGAUGCUGGAUCCUCUUGAUGAAGAGUGA